UAUAAUUUCAAGUUUGAUCAGAUUUUUGGUCGGGACACUCCGCAGCCAGAGCUCUUCGAGACCGUGGGCCAGCCCGUUUGUGAUCGUUUCCUCGAAGGCUUCAAUGGCACCAUUUUUGCUUACGGUCAAGUAUUUGGUGACUUUUUUUUUCUCUCAUCCUUUUGCCCCUUCCUCCCUAAAAGAUUUGAAGAACGAGGUCUCUUGCCCCGGUGCAUUGACUACGUCUUUAGCCAACUGAGCGACUUAAAAGCCACCAAUGCAUCAGUUUUAAUCACAUAUCUGGAAAUCUACAAUGAUACGGCCUACGACCUUCUCAACGUUGCCUCGGGUAGCAGUGCACGCCUACCCAAGGUGUCCGUGCAAGAUCGUGGCACAUCAACCGUGGUCCACGGUCUCUCACAGCAUCCUGCCCCGACGGACGAUGUGGCGCACCAGCUAGCCUUUUUGGGUAAAUCCAACCGAACGGUGGCGGCAACUUCCAUGAACAUGGCCUCCUCUCGCUCCCACUCCGUCUUUACCAUGACGCUCUCCUACCAACGUCCGGGGUCAGACACCAUUAUCAAAGCCAAGCUCAAUUUGGUUGAUCUAGCGGGGAGUGAGCGCGUCAGCAAAUCGCACGCGGCGGGCCAGCGCCUUGAUGAGGCCAAGCAUAUCAAUCUUUCUCUCCAUUACCUAGAGGCUGUCAUCAUUGCAUUGCAAAAGGAAACCAAGCUGAAGCAUGUGCCAUACCGAAACUCACUAUUAACCAAAUUAUUACGCGACAGCUUGGGCGGCAACUGCAUUACCGCGAUGAUUGCGACCAUCUCUUCCAAAGCCAGCAACAUACCCGAGUCCAUAUCUACCUGCCGCUUUGCACAACGCGUGGCUUUGGUCGACAACAAUGCUCGGCGUAAUGAAGUGCUCGACGACAAAACUGUGAUCAAACGCUUGCGGCGCCGUAUUGCUGAACUGCAGGCUGAGCUGAAAGUCGCCCAGGAGGUGGGUGUUGCGCUUGAACACGUGCUCUCUUGCACUGCUCCUGAUCGAGCACGAGUACAACCCAAUGCUUGCUUAAUUUAUCCCGAUUGUGCUGCAAUUGACAAUGACUUUUGCAGGUGGCGCGGGACGUAA